UCCCUCUCCCUCCCUUUUCACUCGCUCUCACUCUCUCUCUCUCUCUCUCAACAGUACCGGCCGCCAUCCCCAGCCAUCGCCGCCGCCCAGACCCGACGACACCUCCCGUCUCCGCCGUACAGAGCGGACGGUGUCCAAAAAGCUAAUAGGAAUUGAAGGAGGUUAAAGAAAUGGCCGGAAAAUCGAACAAGAGGAGGAACCGGAGAGUGAAUUCUUCGGAAUCAGUUGAAGUUCCGGCGAAUCCCACCGGAAACGAUGAUAACUUGGAACAAGCUCCGGUGACAAAUGAGGACUCUUCCGGUGCCAGGUCGGAGGCGAAAACCGAACCUGAAAACGACAAUUCGGCGACUCAAGCGAAUCAAGAGGAUAGAAAAGGAACUAGAAAGAGAAAAUCGUCAAAGUCUGGUGGCCAAGCCAAAGAGCACAAGGACCAACUGGAAAGGCUUAAAGAAAAGGACCCAGCUUUCUAUGAAUACUUGAGAGAGCGUGACCAGGAACUUCUGCACUUCAAUGAUGAGGAUAUUGAUGAAGAUAUUGGUACCGACGUGGAAGUGGAACAAAUGGAAGUAGAUGACGAAAUACAAGAUGAUGGGGAUGAAGUUAGUGGCCGUGAAACUGCAAAGAAGGAAGAAAAACCUUUUGCGCGGGUUAUAACCACUGAAAUGGUGGAUUCGUGGUGUAAUGCUAUCCGAGAGGAGGGAAAGUUGGCUGCCGUACGUCCUCUUAUGAGAGCUUUUCGCACUGCGUGUCACUAUGGUGAUGAUGGCGGAGAUUAUUCGUCGACGAAAUUUAGUAUUGUGUCUAGUAGUGUUUUCAAUAAAAUUAUGUUGUUUGUACUCACCGAAAUGGAUGGAAUACUUAGAAGACUGACGAAGCUUCCUGCUUCUGGAGGGAAAAAGGAGAUGAUAACAGAUCUGAGAAGCACAAAACAAUGGAAGACCUACAAUCACUUGGUGAAGUCGUAUCUUGGGAAUGCUCUACAUGUUUUGAACCAAAUGACGGACUCAGGAAUGAUAUCGUUUACUUUAAGGCGGCUAAAGUUUUCUUCCAUAUUUUUGGCUGCUUUCCCAAGUCUCUUAAGGAAGUACGUUAAGGUUGCCCUGCACUUUUGGGGUACAGGAGGAGGUGCCCUUCCUGUUGUCUCCCUUCUAUUUUUAAGAGAUCUAUGUAUUCGGCUCGGAGCUGAUUGCUUAGAUGAGUGCUUUAAAGGGAUAUACAAAGCCUAUGUCUUGAACUGCCAGUUUAUAAAUGCAUUGAAAUUACAGCAUAUCCAGUUUCUUCAGAAUUGUGUCAUUGAACUUUUUGGAGUGGAGAUCCCAACUGCAUACCAACAUGCCUUUGUUUUCAUUCGGCAAUUGGCAAUGAUCUUACGGGAGGCCCUUAAUACGAAAACUAAGGAAGCAUUUCGCAAAGUUUAUGAGUGGAAGUUCAUGAACUCCCUUGAGCUCUGGACCGGAGCUAUUUGUGCCUACAGCACAGAAGCCGACUUUAGACUACUAGCAUUUCCUCUAACCCAAAUCAUUUCUGGGGUGGCCCGUUUAGUUCCAACUGCCAGAUACUUCCCUCUUCGAUUGAGGUGUGCUAGAAUGCUCAACCGGAUCGCUGCUGCAACUGGUAAUUUUAUUCCAGUUUCAAUGCUGCUUUUGGACAUGCUGGAAAUGAAAGAGUUGAAUAGGCCCCCGACGGGAGGGGUGGGAAAAUCUGUUGAUUUGCGAACAAUACUUAAGGUUAGCAAGCCCGCUUUGAAGACCCGCGCAUUUCAGGAGGCAUGUGUGUAUUCUGUUAUUGAUGAGCUUGCUGAACAUUUAGCUCAAUGGAGCUACUCUGUCGCUUUCUUUGAGUUGUCUUUUAUUCCAGCUGUACGGUUGCGCAACUUCUGCAAAACCACCAAAGUUGAUAGGUUUCGCAAAGCGAUGAGGCAGCUUGUCCGCCAGGUUGAGGCUACCUCUGCAUUCACAAAUGAAAAGCGCAAGUCAAUUACUUUCACACCAAAUGAUUCUGCAGUAACUUCUUUUCUCCAGGAUGAGAAGGCAGCAGGGGCCAGUCCUCUUACGCAGUAUGUCUUAUCUCUUCGCGAAAGAGCUAAACAAAGAACCGAUGCAUUGACGGAAUCCAGUGUCCUUGUUGGUGAAAAAUCAUUCGUCUUUGGGAAUAAGAUGCGGGGAAGUGGUGAUGAAGAAGAAGAUUAUACCCUGGAUAAUGAAGGCAAUGCCGCUUUCAGUUCUUCCUGGUUACCAGGAAGCGAUUCCAAGGCUAAACAACCUAAAGAAUCGAACAAGAAGAGGAAAAAGAAGAGAGAGACAGAGCAAUUUGAAGAAGAUUUUGCGAAGGAUGAAGAUGUUGUGGAAGACUUGGUGCUUAGUUCAGAUGAAGAAGAUGGUUCAAUGAGCGAUGCGGUUCCUUCUGACGAGGAAGAUGAUGAAAAUGGUAAGCCACCGAAACAACAAAACAAGAAGAAACUAUCAAUAAGCGCAUUGAAAAACAAAAAAACUCGCCCGAAGAAAUCAAGGAAAGGAAAGAGGGCGAGUUCUAAUUAGACUGAGUCGUCGAAGAAAUGUAGUUCAUGUAAAACGUUCUUCUGUAUUGCGAUUUUGACCCUAAGUUUUGUUUUCUCAUCAUUUGAAAAGAUAAAAUUUCAAGGUAAAGAGGCCUAUUUUGGAAUUGGAGCUUCAAAUUGUUUUAUCCACAGAUAGAGUUGUCAAACGUGUCAUGCCGGGCCGGUACGACACGCUUGACACCAGGC